AUGAUCGACCCCCGGCCGCCACCCUCAGCAGAUCAACCCAGCAAAACCCCACCUCCAUCCUACUACCUCAAGUCGUCCAGACACGAACCCAGCAUCAUGAAAGACCUGAUCACCGCCAUCGCCGCAUUGGCCGUAACCUGCAGCGCAGCGGUCCUCCCGCUUCUUCCAUCACAACCUGACAAGAAGAUUUCGAACAUCGAUCAGACAGGCUGUGUCGAUGUCUGCCAGGACAAGGGCUUCAAGAAUUGCAUGGAGGCAAACUACACUGUAGCAACAUGCACAAAGUUCCCAGAAGGCAUAUCGGCGGCAAGAAGCAUGAAACUACCCAACGCACGUUGGAAGUGCGCAUUGUAUCGGUACGCCCCCUCCGAGACAAGUGAUUUCUGUAGGCGACUGACACACUCUCAGCGAGCCCGACUGCCGCGAGCACGGACUGUACACCUCCAACAUCUUCUACUACCCUGGGGUCAACUUUCACGACUUCACCGGCACAGAGCAAUGGAGUGCCUUCAUGUGCUGGCACGAGGGUAUUGA